AUAAUAUUUUGUUGGAAUGUUCAUGUCGAUGUUCAACAAAAUACUACUCGGCUUUUUUUUCGUUUGUUUUGUCUGUCGAAAAAAUGAAAACAUUUUUUUAAAAUAUUUUGAUUUUUUUUUUGUUGUAUCCAAUUAUGGCUUUUUUCUGUCCAGUUAGGAUACGAAGAAACAAAAAGAAACAUGGUCAUCAUGAAUCGGAUUUAUUAUCCGGUACACGACAUCAUCUGCAAUCACUACCACCAAUGGGUAGAAUUACCGGUAGUGCUUCGAUCGAAACAUUAGUUCGUGUCGGUAUUGAAAAAGAGAAUGGUUUAUCACCAAAUUCAAAAAUGAUUGUUUUACAUGAUUUUACACCAUGUGUUGAUGAUGAAUUGGAAGUAAAACGUGGCCAAAUUAUCAAUGUUCUUUAUCAAGAAAAUGAUUGGGUAUAUGUUAUUGCAACCGAUCAACGUGAUCAAAAUGGACAACCAACUGAAGGAUUUAUACCGGCAUCAUAUUGUGCUCCAUUAAUUGAAACAAAUAUCGAUAAUUUAUUAAUGAAUUUUAAGAAAAAAAUGCCAAGAAGUGAACCAAAUUCUUUGGUUGAUUGUAAUUUCAAUGAAAUCAAUACAAUCGAUACAAAUUCCAACUUAUUAAAUAAUAAUAAAGAUAACAAUAAUGAUCAAAAUCAUCAUAUUAAUUUUAUUGGCAAUGGAAAUUAUUGCAAUCAAAUAAUUCAAACAAACACUUUACAUUCGAAUGAUCAACAACAUUUUAUGACAUUAAAUUAUCAUAAUUCUAAUAAUAGUAAUCAUCCGAAUCGUUAUUCGCCAACUCAAUCACAUCAUUCAUUCCCGGGAAUAGAAUCAGUUUCACAACAACAAAACAACAGUAUUAUGAAUUUAGAUCUUGUUAUGGCAGCAACAACAGCAACAACAACAAAUACACCAAGUACAAAUCAAACAGGUCCAUUAGCCAUAUCAUCGAUGAUAUCAGCCGAAUCAAAUAGUUCACAAAAAAUCAAUUUAAAAUAUAAUUCAAAUGUUAGUAGUAGUAAUCAUAAUGAACAUUUUGAUACAUUUACAAAUGAAAAACUAAUCAAUCAUCAUCAUCAUCAUCAGCCAAAUCAAAAUCCAAAUCCAAAAUCUCUAUAUCUAACAUUGUCAAAUUUAUCAACAGAAAACAAAUCGGCGACAAAUGAUAAUAAUAAUUGUGAAAUUCAACCAUUUUUUAAAGAUCAAUCUGGUCGUUAUGUAAUGCUUUAUACAUUUGUUGCAAGAGAUGAAAAUGAUAUUAGUGUGGAACGUGGUGAAAUUAUUACCGUAUUAAAUAAAGAUGAUCAGGAUUGGUUUUGGAUAAUGCGUUCAGAUGCACAAGAAGGAUUUGUACCGGUUUCUUUUACAUAUCCAAUUGAUUUAUUAUUAAAUGCUCAUCAUGUUCAUCAACAUCAUCAUCAUGGUCAAUCAAAUGUUAUUGGUGGUGGUCAAAUACAGCCGAAUACAAAUAUGGCAAACAUAUCUUAUACAUAUCAUUCAUGAAAUGUCAUUCAUUAUCUGAUAUAUUUGAAAACAAAAAAAAAAUCAAAUUUAUUGUGUAUAAAAAUAAAAAUUUUAAAUUUUUAAAUCAGUUUAAAAUUUUCAAAACAAUACAUUUUAUAAAAGAAUAAAUGAAUGAUUAGACAGAAAUACUUCCUUCACGGAAUUUACUUUUUGCAAUUUUUG